CGCUUGAUAUCCGAGCUUUCACCCCCCUCUUCGAAAAGAAUCCCGUAGUCCGUAUUCAGUUGUUGCAGCAGAAUGUCCGAAACCCAGCCGGUGCCGAUCAUGUCGAUGGUUUCCUCCGAGGUUCACCCGCCGGAGUGGGACUCGCCGGACGCGACCAGCGGCUCGUUCAAUCUGGUUCCGGAUGGGGCCGCACCAACGGAAUCCUUCGUGCUGACCGAGGAGGCGCCCAUAGUGGGUGACUCGAAUGGGUCGUUUGUGCUGAAGGAGUCGGUUCCGAUCGUGGGUACCGAGGAGUCGGACGGAUCAUUCGUCUUGAAGGAGGAUGUUCCGAUCGUGGAAACGGAAGAAUCCGACGGAUCAUUCGUCCUGAAGGAAUCGGUUCCCAUAGUGGACAGCGGUCCGUUUGAGUUACCUCCGUUUGUGGAGCAGGCGAUUGCCAGCGUAGUCCCCGAAGAAGGAUUUACCCCGGGACACUUUGUGGUAUCGAUCGAUCGAGCUGCGGAGUGCGAGGGAUUGAUCGGAGAGAUACACAAAGCCGUGGUGACGGAAGGUGAGCGGGAGUUGACGAUCCUCUGCAAGAUACCACCGCUGGAUCCCGUCCGCAGACAGCAGUUCAACUCGAACAUCCUGUUCGAGCGGGAAAUCAACGUGUACUCCAAUGUUCUUCCCACCAUGUUCGAGUUCCAGCGGCAGAAGGGAGUUACCGAGGAGCUGAACGCCGGAUUCUUCAACGUGCCCAAGUGUUACCUCGCGCGGUUCGAUCCGGACAACGAAGAAGCGCUGAUCUUGAUGGAAGAUCUGCGCGUUCGCGAGCUGGCAAUGUGGAACAAGCUGGAACCGAUCAACUACGAGCACGCCCGGUUGGUGAUGAUCCAGCUUGGCCGGUUCCACGCGCUGUCUUUCGCGAUGAAGGAUCAGCGGCCGGAUCUGUUCGAAGCGUGCAAGAUCCCGGACGCGAUGGUACCGGCUAUGCAGCACAACGACCAGCUGAUGGGAAUGUUUGGAGUGGCGCUGGACGCGGCCAUGAACGUGCUGGAUCCGGAGGAUGAGCGAACAAGCUGGAAGAUGCAGGGAUUGCGGAAUGACUACUUUGCCGUGCUGGAGAGCUGCGUAGACGUCGAGCGUGUCGAGCCGUACGCAGUGCUGAACCACGGAGAUUGCUGGAUCAACAAUCUCAUGUUCGGUUACCAGGACGGAGCCGCCCAAUCGGUGACCUUCAUCGACUGGCAGCUGGCAAGGUACGGCUCACCGGCGCUGGACGUCCUGUACUUCCUGUUCUGCUGCUCGGACGAAUCGUUCCGCGAGAAACACUACGACGAGAUGCUGCGCAUCUACUACACAGCCCUGAAGGACCUGCUCGAGCAGCUGGGCAGCGAAGCGAUGGACGUGUUCCCGUUUACCGCUCUGCUUCGGCAGCUCAAAUCAACGGGCAAGUUUGCGGUCAUUAUGGGCGCCCUGGACAUCCCGAUUCUGUGCACCGAUCCGGCCGACGUGCACAGCCAUGGCGACGCUGCGACGGCGUUUGCCGCUUCCGGUGAAGCUCAACAGCGGUACGCCCAGCGAAUGGGUGGAGUGAUUAGGGACGCGAUCAAGUACGGUUAUCUGUAGAUACGUUAAUAAAGAUUUGCUUCGUCCAA